AUCUCGCGUAAAGCUAAACAUACAAAGAUUACAUAUACCUGUAUUAUAUAACCCACAUCAACCAUGGAAGCUCUACAAGAACAGUUUACGAAACUAGUAAACGAAACCACCCAUUCAAUAAGUCGUUCAUUACGAGGCACUUCCCCUAGCAUAAUAAAAAUCACCAAAAAUGACUCCAUAAAACAGAAGGUCACCAGUAUAACCGCACAACUCAAAGAAAACAAGAUUGUUCUAAUUGCCAGUCUAUCUAAUUCCAUUCCCAAAGCCAUUUCAGUGAUUGAAAUCGCCAAGCUGGCGCUAAAGGAAGAGAACAAGAGCGUAAAGCAAUUUAACAAGUUAGCACAUCUUGAUUCUACCCAUAACCCUAACUAUAAACCUAAUCAGGAGAAUCUCGAGGGAUCAAAGCACGCAAAUGAUGAUGAAGAUGAGCAUAAACAGGUUAUUGAACGCGACAUAUUAGAGAGUAUCAACGGACCAAAGGUCUAUCAACUUCCUAUAAUGUACGUUAUACUAUCGCUUGAUAACAUGAUAUCGUUAACGGAUUGGACCAGCCAGUAGCUUAACUGCUAAUAUAGUAUUAUAUAGAGAUGGUCGGUAGUAAUAUUGAACAUGUCAAUCGUAAAAGCAAAGACCGUGCCUCUGGUCACGU